UCACUGUGUCUUGGGCCCUAAAUCUCCUGGGAUAGGGCCCCUGCCACCUUCUAUACAGGAUAAAGCGGUAUAUACGGUAAGCAAGUGAGUGGAGCUUCUCACUGCAUCAGGUAGGAUUAAAAAUUGUUGUCAGAUUAAACACCUCAACACACAGGUUACUCUUGAACACUGUCUACCCCAUUUCACAUACAUUUCGCCUGCACCGGUCAAGGUGCAGUGUUGGACUGUUUUUACACACUCAUGUGCACCUGUCACCGGUGCAUAAUUGGACUGUUCAAAACUCUCAGCCCAGCAAUUAUAGAACUAUAAAACGUACUGUAUGACACUUUAAACAGACCAAAAUAAGCUCAUUUGCACUACUUUUAUUGCACUGUUCCACUUUGCACCAUAUUGGCCUUCUGUGUCGUUAUCUGUCCCUUUUUGCAGGACAGUUACUCAGUUGUCUUAUCACUGUUUUAAUCUUAGUUUGUGUUUUUUAUUUAUUUAUUUUUACUAGUACUUAUUGUUGUUUGUAAGGGGAUUGAGAGUAAGUGUAUGCACUGUACAUGUAGCAGAAUCGACAAUAAACUUGACUUUGACAUAUUAAUCAUUGCAGUAAUUAUCCAGUCAAAUGGUCUUAAUUAUUGACUUAUUUCAGUCCUGACUAAUGCAGUGUAUAAUCAUUCAAAAUAAAAAUUGAGGAAAUUUUUUUCUAAUAGCUUUUUCAUUUACAUUUAUUACGUAUAUAUUAUGUUCAGUUUGCUUGUUACUGCGGAAGGAGACGCCUACAGAAGUCGACCAUCGAAAGUCGAGCGUCAGUAAAAGACCGUGGCAGGUGACGUCAUGGUGAAUUUAACGCGAGGUGGCGCACGUGAACAGCUGUUUUUUGUUGCUUUGAGAUUAAAGCGUGUUGAUCCGCUGGACCUGACCGAGAGCAGCGCGCGCCCGCUGGGAGAAAGUUAGUCCACGUUUCAUGUAAACAUGCGCGAGGGGCCGCGCGUGCCCUAGCUCGUUUUUUUUCGCUCCAACCUGGAACUCUACAGGAGGAUUGUGAGCUCGAUCAGGGAUUUAAUAAUGACUUCAGAAGUUGUAAAAUUGCUCCUGCUUGGAUUUAUUUUGUGUUCGGUCAGUUUGAGUGUUGAUGGGACGCCAUCUGGGGGUUUGGAACCCUUGGUGGUGCCUGGCCGAGUGCCCAGUGUGCACUUGUCUCAGGAGGAGAUCCAGAGGCUACGCUUCAAACCCACUGUGGGCACCAUUAAUUGUUCAGAGGGUUCUGACAUCAAGUUCAACUGCUCGAUCGACCUUACUGACAUGGGACAGGAGCUGAGUAUCCUAUGGUUCAAAGAUGAAAGAGAGAUAUCUGUUGGCACACAGACCACUGUGUACAGCCAUGGAACAUUAAUUCUGCUGUCCAUCAUCAGUAUUCAGAACAUUCAGCGAGCAGACUCUGGAGCGUACCAGUGCAGACUGAGCGUCAGUAACAAAGUCAUUGAGUCAAAUCCCAUCAUUGUUGAGGUUGAUGGUUUACCAACAUUCACUAAACAGCCAAGUGAUGUGAAUGUAAGAAAAAACACCUCUUUCACUUUGACCUGCGAGGCUGUGGGUCCUCCGAAUCCCGUCACAAUCGUGUGGCUUCACAAAGGCCAGAAGAUAAGCCAACCCAGUCUCUCUCCAAGCAACAAAACUAUCCAAGGUGUGGACUCUCCCACUCAGUACAGCUGUGAGGCUCACAAUGACAAAGGACUAACUGUUUCCAGAGAGGCUCAUGUCAACAUUAAAGAAAUUCCAGCCAAGGUCUCCAAAAUCACUGUGAAAAAACGUGAAGCAAACAAACUCAACAUAAGCUGGAUUCCUGGACACGAUGGCUUUUCCGCACUUACUGUCUGCUACAUCACAGUGAGAGAGCUGGGCAGAGAGUUGGGCAGUCCUACUAAGGUGCACAGUGUGUCAGUCCCUCCAUUUUCAUACGAGAUCACUGACCUUAAAGCCAUGACCUGGUAUAACAUGAGUGUGUCGUGCGCAAAUGAGAUUGGCAAGUCGCUUCAGAGCUCCUGGGUCCAAAGCAACACUACAGAAGGAGUUCCUUCAGUGGCCCCUCAGAAUGUGACAGUUCGUGUGAACGGGUCCAUGCUGCUGGUGCGAUGGAAAGCUCCUCCUCCCGACAAAAUAAAUGGCAUCCUACAAGGAUAUGAUGUAUGGGUUGAUGUUGGGAAAUCUGUCAAAAAGAUCCGGAGUAUCUCCACCGAAGCAGCAGUGGACAUGCAGGAGUUUAACACUACAUAUACUGUUCAAGUGAUGGCUUGCACAAAGGCUGGCUGUGGUGUUAAAAGCUCUCGUCACUGGUUCUUUGUCCCAGAGAUUGAUAUGCCCUCCCCAUCUCUCAGUCCAGCAACACAUGGUUCAGACUCUGUGUACAUUGUGUUGGGAGUGACUUGUGCCAUCUGUCUUGUUCUGCUGCUGAUGUUUUUAGCUGUAUGCCUCCGUAACCGGAUAUUUGAGACUCGUCUAGGGAUGUUGCUUGGAUCCGGAGGGAAACUUUCGCCAAUCGUUGAAUACAAAGCUCAGAGGUCGUACAAUCGAUCUGCAAUAGAAGUAACGCUCACCAACUUGGGAGUCUGUGAAGAACUUCAGACCAAACUUCAGGACGUGAUGAUUUUGAGAAACCUCCUCACCAUUGGAAAAGUUCUCGGAGAAGGAGAGUUUGGUUCCGUAAUGGAGGGCCACUUGAAAUGGCCUGAUGGAACGAAAGAAAAAGUUGCUGUAAAGACAAUGAAAUUGGAUAAUUUCUCUCAGAGGGAGAUAGAGGAGUUUCUGAACGAAGCUGCCUGUAUGAAGGACUUCAACCACCCAAAUGUAAUUCGGCUACUAGGUGUAUGUCUGGAUGUUGGACCAGGGGUCUUUCCCAGGCCGAUGGUCAUCCUCCCCUUCAUGAGGUAUGGAGACCUGCAUAGCUUCCUUCUACGUUCCCGGUUUGAGGAAAGUACCUCGUAUCUUCCAACGCAAACACUUCUGAGGUUUAUGAUUGACAUUGCUUCGGGAAUGGAAUACCUCAGCAGCAGAAAUUUCCUCCAUAGAGACCUUGCAGCACGGAAUUGCAUGUUACGAGAUGACAUGACCGUGUGUGUGGCAGACUUUGGCCUCUCAAAGAAGAUUUACAGUGGAGAUUAUUACAGGCAGGGCAGGAUAGCCAAGAUGCCAGUGAAGUGGAUUGCUGUGGAGAGUCUGGCAGACCGGGUCUUCACUGUAAAAAGUGAUGUGUGGGCAUUUGGUGUAACCAUGUGGGAAAUAGCUACUCGAGGCAUGAAUCCAUACCCUGGUGUACAGAAUCACGAGAUUUAUGACUACCUGUUGGAAGGCCACAGGUUGAAGCAGCCAAAUGAAUGCUUGGAUGAACUGUAUAGCAUCAUGUUAAGCUGCUGGCAUGCCGACCCUGUGGAGCGGCCUGAUUUCACUAAGGUGAAGGAGAUGCUGGAGAAGCUGGUAGACAAGCUUUCUGAUAGGAGGGGCAUCAUUUACAUUAAUACCACUGUGUCCGAGGAGGAAGACGAGGAACAGCUGGCACAGAUGCCAUCAGAGGGCCCUGUCCUCACCUCCUCACCGUCCUGCAGCCGCCAGACCAUUGACACAUCCAUAGUGACCGUGGACGUCCAUGAGAGCUCAGCCGCAGAUGAGGAUGAACGUUACGUUAUAGUGGUUCCCUCAGAGAACUCUAGUGCAGUGGGACAGAGCAGCGCUGUGGACGCUCCACUUUUGGAUGCAGUGAACUUGGAACAGGACACUAUUGACUCCACGGGUGAUGUGACAGAACUACAUCAAGUGUCUAGUGAGACAACACAUUUACUAUAAACUGCAAACUACAAAUUUAACAGCUGCUUUUAUUUUGUCUGUGAAAAAAAAAAAAAAAAAGGUUUUUCUCUUGUGAUAUAUUCCCCUACAAACUUUCCAAGUGUUGAAAUAUAAAUUUUUGGCAGAAGCCAUUAUCCAGAGAGAGUUACAUUUUUGUUUCAUUAUACCUCCGAACAGUUGAGGGUUAAGGGCCUUGUCCAAGGCCCCAACAAUGACAACUUGGUGGUGCUGGGGUAUGAACCUGAGACCUCCCGAUUAGUAGUCCAAAACUUUAACCACUAAGCUACCCUUUUUUAAUUAAUUGAAUAAUAUUGAUUAUCAGUGAUAUGCCAGCAAGCUGGUGACAGGAUCAUGGGCACCCAGAGCUCAUCUAUCCCAUGUUUGGACGAAGACCAGCCUGUCCAGUCUGAUCACAUAAAGCUAAUGUAGCAUGAACUGCUGAAAAAGUCAAAGUGACUAUAAGAGAAAGGCAUCUAAACACUCCCUGCCGCGUAUGUGGCGUCACAGCCUGCAGCAUAUGGGGCUUAGCAGCCAAAAAUCCUGGGUUGUUGAUUGAGCUUCUGAAUUCGCCAGAUCUCAACCCAAUUGAGAACCCAUGGAAUGCACCAGACAAACAAAUCAUGGAUUCCCCACCCUGCAACCCACAGCACUCAAAGGAUCUGCCGCUAACAUCCCAGUGCCAGAACCAACAGCACACUCUGGGUCUUGCAGUCAUGCCCGAAGGGGCCAGAGCUGAUUAACAGAAAUCCAUGUGUACAUCAAGCUAAUGUAGACAAUAAUCAACAUUCUACCCAGCAAAAGGAAAACAAAACUCAAAAAAGUGACUUUCUAUAUCUUUUUAUAUUUUUGCACAGAGCAGGUCUAUCAGCCUGAUAUUAAAGGGUUUGAAUGAUUCACUGUGAUUUCAAAUGCAUAGAUAAUGCAAUGUUUUCCAACAGUGUACUUUUAGCAGAAUCUAUGUACAAACAUUUUAAAAUGUGAUGAAUGUGAAUAGUCCAGAAGUUUAAAAAAAAUAUAUGUUUUAUGUAUAACAGGUGUUUAUGAAAUUAAUUGUAAAUAUAAAUAUUUUUGCUUGUUAUUAAACAUUUAGAAGAAAAAAAAAACGUUUAGUUU